AUUCAUUGCGCGUCGACGAAGAAGGACAUCUUUCUGAAGAGGACACAGCUAGAAGCGUCCCAAGACUCGUUUAGACGUGUAUUUGAAGCCGAUUAAAAAUGGCUGAGACUAUUGACGAGAAGCUGAAGAACUACAGGACUGCUCCCUUCGACGCCCGAUUCCCCAACACUAACCAGACCCGCAACUGUUACCAGAAUUACCUGGAUUACCACAGGUGCAACAAGGCCCUGGAAGCCAAAGGCCAGGAUCUGACUCCUUGUCAGUGGUACAUGAGGGUUUACAAGAGCCUCUGCCCCAUGAGCUGGGUUGCUAAAUGGGAUGAGCAGAUAGAAAAUGGAAGUUUCCCAGGGAGAAUCUGACAUCUUGAACCAUUAUGGACCAAGACAGUCAACUGCAGGACGUUCUGUUACUUAAACCUUUACCUCUGUAGCAUAGCAUACUUAGUGUCAUAUUCAAAAGCUGUCACAUCUUUGUUAUCAUUGAUGUUACUUAAACUUUAAACUAUAAACACGCACAAGUUUCUACCCUGCAUGUUAUGGACUGAAGUUUGUUUCCAGUUUCUAUUCUACAGCAUUGUUUAAUCAAUAAAUACGGCGCAGAUUUAACUAAAA